AUGUCCAACACGACGGUCAACGGGGCCGACAGCGACGCCGACGCCCUGCGGUUCGCGUCCGCCGUUUUGUUGGCAGUCACCUACAUGCAUGUACCAGCUACUGCUAUCAUCGUUGUUCCAAGUUCUAAUUGUUAUACAUUUGAUAAUGAAAGCCGCCUUGUUGAUUUUACGCAUCUGGUUGGUAAGGUUUUCGAAUAUAAGGAACAGGGCUCACUGCCCUCUGAUUUGGUUGUCGAAUUCUGCAAAGAUGUGCAGAAAAGAUCUCAAGAGGGUGGUUACCUUGAAUUUGGACGCUUUGUUAGUUCUCGCUCUUUUCUAACUGGUUCAGAUCCUAUUGACUACAUUCAGAAAAUGCAUAAUGGAGAUUUAGUGCACUGUGAAACUACAUUCGAAAAGCUGGGUCGCACAGCGCAGGUAAACAUCAUAUGUGGACAUUGCUCAAAUAAAGUAUGCAAAGAUGAAAACCGUGCAGAUGAACAAGGAUGCAUUUGCAGCAUAUCUUACCAUGAACGGAUGUGCAGGGUGAUUGUUGAACUAGCUAUUCCUUGUGUUGAAAGUGGUCCCAGAGUAUUUAAGGGUUUCACGGUGGGCUUCCAUCCCCGGUCAUCAGAAAUUGUCUAUAAUGGAUUCACUCAGCUCGGAUUUGAACAACCUCAUCAUGGAUUUAGCUUCCAGACCGAGCAGAUUCAUGUGUCUCUGUAUCUUAGCGCCAAGUCCUCACUCUCAGGCCUCGUUGGAAAACCGACCUUCAAGGUUAAUCCAGUGAAAGGGCUUGGUGUUACACUUGCAGGAUCAGGAUUCAAUGGUGGCAUGCCUAGUACCCUGUCUCCUACAGUUUUGAAUGUGGACUGGAGAUGUGAAAUUGCCCGAGCCAGUCCUUAUGAGGUCAAUAUUUUUAUCCCAGUGGAGGGCUAUGAUCCAAUUGAAUUUACACUAACGAAAAAAUGUGGUUACAGACAAGAAAAAGAGAGUGAUCCCAUGAAAGGCUGGGCAAUAUUUGGAAUUGUUUCUUGCGUGUUCAUUGUCUUGUCAAGCCUACUUUGUUGUGGAGGGUUCAUCUACAAAACUCGCGUGGAGCAUUUGUACGGUUUAGAUGCGCUGCCUGGUUUUGCCGUCUUGUCUGCCUUUUUGGAUGCUUUUGGUAGACCAAGAAGCUACUUGCCCGCAGAUAAUCCUAGUGAAAACCAUGCAAGCCAUGCAUCUUGGGAGCACGCGGCUGGUACCACACAAGUAGCACAAAGGACAAAUGAUAGGGCAUAUGGGCCAAUGUGA